CAAUACAUCAUGAUAAACGUUUUGGACAUAGGGAAAUCGAAAGUAGUUUCAUACAAAAAAUGGCGGCCAUGUUGAGAACAUCGCAGUACAAAGGUUCAGAUGUUGUUUACGACGUGUGUUGUUCAAUCUGCGAAGAUGAUGGCAUAUAUAAAGAAGGACUGUUUUAUUGUGCGAAAUGUUCAAAGUAUUUCUGUGACAGUUGUGUGAAAACGCACAAUAAGUUUCAUAAGGAUCAUUCAGUAAAUGUAAAAGGUGAAGGUGAUCUAUGUCCUGAUAACAAAACAGUGGAUGAUACACUGGAGUUAUGUGAGAUACACACAUCGGAGAAGCUGACGAUGUUCUGUGACGAUCACGAAAAGCUGCUUUGUCAAUUUUGCUUGCUUCAUAAUCACAGACAAUGCAGUCAUGUAGUCCCAUUGGCUGAUAAGAUCAAAUCUGCUACACGACGCAUGGACGUAGCUCAAAUGUCAACAAGCAUUGAACAGUUACUGAAACGUUUAGAGGAUAUGCUGAAAAUUGGCGAACAACACAUAAACUCACUCCAAACUUCAUACGAAACAGCACUAAAAGAAAUACAUAAUGAACGUCAACGGAUCGACGACAAUUUAGACCGACUGCAAGAAAAUACAAUAAGAAAUUUGGAACAGUUACAUUCCAGAUUAAAGACCUCUUUGGAAAAUGAAAGCAAACGGUGCAUUGAAUGUGUUUCUAAGCUUAGGAGUUACGACACUAAAGACACACACAGUACGUCGCUUGAGCGAUCAUUCGUUGCGUAUCAAAAAUGUCUGGAUCAUUCGGCUUCAGUGGAUUCAUUUCAUCAAAAUGUACUUAGUAAUAUAGACAUUGUCUUUGAACGCAACAAGGACUUAGAGCAGAUUCUGGCUUCUUGUACAGAGUUAGGAAGUAUAGCCAGUUACGCAGCUGUGUCACAUUACCGCAUUGAUCCAAACGAGGUUGUAAGCGUAAUAGACAAGUCUCAAUAUAAGGUGCGAACACCAACUGAUAAGGAGAACUGUUACAUUACUGGAAUAUGCGGCUCGUCUAAUGGGGAAUUCGUCAUUGCUGACUUCAAUAAUAAAUGUGUUAAACUCCUGGAUCAGGGGUACACGUUAUUAGCGCAAUUACAACUACCUACUUUUCCGUUGUCUUUGUGUAAUAUAUCCACUAAUGAGAUGGCCGUGACUGUUGGUGACGUUGGCUCUGCUAACGAAAUUCAUUUCUUACGAGUUGACAAACGGAGUAUUGUAAACUUUAAGACUCUUCAACUGAACCAUUCAUGUUACGGUAUUUCAAUUCACCAGAGCGACAUGUUUGUUACGUCCGGUGUUGCAGUAUACCAAUACUGGUGGAUGGUCGGUUGUUCAAGGAGUUGUAUAGAAAUUCAUCUGAAUAUUUAAUGGAUGUUGGGGUUAGUCCAGGUGGGAUUAUGAUCUAUGUGACGGACAGUCUUAAUGGCAAGCUUCUUACACUGACCAGGGAUGGAACAGUCACAGCCACGCUACAGGAUCCUGCUUUCAAAAUGUCAUAUUUUACAUGUAACAUACACGUGGCAGCCACAGGGCAGGUGUUUGUCUCAGAUGAGAUAUCUGUAAGUCAAGUUGACGCGAAGGGCAAGACAGUUCUCAAUAUCAUAAAACUGGGUAUGACCUACCCUGUAUCUGUCUACGUCAAUGAAGACACUAGCAAGAUGAUUGUUGGAUUUGCAAACAACGACAACAUAAUUGAGUUCGAAACUAAGGUUUCCUGACUGAUCCUCAUUUACAUCUAUAACUUAAGGACCUUCCAAGAGCAUUAGUUAUAUUAUGGCACUUGAUUAUUAAUCCCGCUAUUAAUGUUACAUUAUAUUACAUCAUUAUAAUAAGUAGUAAUGAUUCAUACUGAUGUAUUUUUUUUAUAUGGAACUGAUUUCAGACUUUUACCUACGAUAACCUAAUAUUUUCCCAAGAAACUACCCAAUUCGGUGUUGAGAAAUAAACAUCUGAUUUUGUACAUCCCUUCUGGAUUAUAAGGAUUGUUAUAUUUAAUGGAACAGUAACAGGCUUGUGCUUAACUUAUUAAUUUCUCAACACGUUGACUGCAACUCGUUUUUUUUUAAAACGAGAUAUGACAUGGUAACGUAUAAUGUGUAUUUGAUCACAACAACAAAGGUAACAUUUGUAGCAUUUGCGGAAAAAAUACGCAAAUAGAAAAAUAAAACAUUCUGUUCUUCGUGUUGUUCGGGAGCUAAGUUAUUGCUUAUCGAUUUCGUUAAGCUUAUUGGAAUAAUGUGCUGUUACACGUCUGUAUGCAUCUAUUAAUAUGCAAACUCAUAUUCAUCAUUAAGGCUAUUUACAUCAUUAUGUAAAAAAGACCCCAAAAGCAUGAACCCGUGCAUAUGUAUUUCAAAGUAUAUAAGGCCAUUUAAGGACUUAUCAGUUCAUAUAUUUCUAAAAUGUUUUAAACAAAAAUAAGUUUGAUUUAAUGUGCUCUCGUUAAUUGAUUAUAUAAAUGAAAUGUGCUUUUGUUAAAUGUUGAAUAAUUUAUAUAUGUUUGUUUCUAUUUACAAGUAUAUUGCUUUGUUUUCGUUGUAGUAAAAUGAUGUUAUGUAAACAUAAGCUUUGAUGAUUAGUUCAUUUUCGAUAUUUCAUUUUUCAAGUAUAACUUGUAAUGAACAUGUGAGAUCAUUUGUUUUGACAAUAUUCAUCAAGGUCAGCGAGUUUUCAGUUAUGAUUAACUAAAAUGUUUACAAAUUAAAUAUUUUUUUUAUUUUGUAAAAUCACAUAAUUAAUUUAUUGAUGUUUUUGUUAAAACACAACAGCUAGAUUUGGCAUUAAUGAAAAUGCAAUUGAUUUGACAUAAGACUGUUUUAUAUGUUAAUGGUAUAAUAAUGUAUUCUUAAUUCUCUCAUAUAUGAAAACAAAUUUCUCUGAAUUUAUAAUGACAAUUGUGACCUCAUUUGUAAUAACCUAUUGAUUAUUGAACAUAGCAAACGAUUAUAAACAUUUCAUAUACUCUUAUAAAUAGCAGACUAAGAAUCAAUAUUGUAAUUUAGUAGAGGUCAUACAAUUCGAUACUCUGGUAUAACACAUUCAGUAUGAAUCACAUCCAAAACUUCCAUGUUCAUCAAUAAACAGAGCACAUAUAAAACUUUGUCACAAGCUACCAUGAGUCACAGAGUUGAUAUUAUUUUAUUACACCAACAUUCUAAAUUUUAGAUUGAACUUUCUUUCACAUGAAGUCAAAAACAUAUUUAAAGGUUUCACUUUAAGAACAGAUGUGUUUCGCUAGGUAUUGAAAAUUAACACGUGUUAAAGCUUUAUAGUAUAAGCUCAUUUGCAUCUUUGCAUUAAAAGUAUUUUGUAUUUUCGUACACGUCACUACGUUUUCUUUGUAUUUCAUUUAAUAUAGUGUUUUUUACUGAGGACUAACAACGAUGUAUAUUACUUGGAAAAAAAUCUGUCAAAUGAAAAGAAAAUAUGAAAAUCAUGUUCGUUAUGCUAUUUAUUUUAAAGUCUGUAGAUAGGUUUUGAUUUACUUUAAAUAGCUUUUUCUCUCAUAUUUAUCAUUUCACCAUGUAAUAAUCGAGGAUAUAUGUUGUAUCCAUAUAAGAUUAAACAAUCGCUUCAUUAGUGAACAUAUACAAUAUUUUUGCGCAUGUGACGGGAAUCCUCGAUUAAUUGUAUGGUGAUAACACAUGAUUACAAAAAUGACUCUCUCUUGUUUUAAAUGAGAUUUGACACAGAUACUUUAAAAUCUAUAAGGUUGUAAGACAUACCCAAUAUAUUGAGCGGAACUUUUUCUUCCAGUUUUGUUGACCAAUCAUCACUUUUAAUGUCAUUGGUAUGCAAAUGGCUGCGGAUAUCAAUACACAUAUACAGUAUAUUUUAAUCCAGUGCAUUGUGAACAUAAUUGAUAUACAAAACAUAGUCGUUAAAAUUUAUCGAGACUUAAAACAAUAUGAUAUAACAAAUAGAAAACCUCACUGAGGGCCCUAUGGUAGAAUAGUGACAAGCCACGCAGCCCCAAAUAGUAUAUGGACCGAAGCCAAAGGCUUUUUUUAAUAAAAAUAAAUAACAAUAUAAAUUCCAUCAAUAUUUCUCAGUUACUAAUAAUACUAUGUACCGGUGUAAAACAAGAAUACACGAUGUACAUUUAAAAACAAAGGAAACAAUACUCGGAAAAUCUUUGCGUUGUAAAACUUGCACAAAUGUUACAAAUAACUAACAUUCUAGCGGGCACUAUUAGAUGCGCGCGCCUCUAGUCAGCGGGAACCAUACUGUAUAGCGCCCGCUUACGAGAUGCGCGCGCUUCUUUGUCGGGCACUAUUCAAAAUAACGGACCUGUGUUGUUUUUAUACGCAAAUAAGAAACAAAUUUAUGUGAGGUGUAAUAUAAACUAUAAGCAGUUUACUUAGUAAGAAUUAUAGAACAAUUCAUUUAGUUGAUUUUAUUAAAAUAUUGUUUGUCUGUAUAAUUUAUACAUAAUCAUAUCUUACAAUAUAUGUCAAUAUAUUUCGGAUAAUAAUAACAUUGAAAUCUU